AUGAUUAUUGAUGCUAGUCGUGGUGAAAUUCAACUUGAUGAUCUUUUCAAUGCAAUUGAACAUGAUAAAGAUCAAGUAACCCAAGCACUUAAUAUUUAUGGAGAUUAUUUGAAAAUUAAAAAUGAUAAUUUGAUCAAUGGUGAAAAGAAAAUUGAAUUACUUGAACAAAUUUUAAAACUUGAAUGUAUUGAAAAAACUAGUGAUAAUCAUAAUCAUGAAAAUGAACGAUCAAGAAUUAACCUAAAAUGGACUGUAUUAACAGAAUGUGGAAUUUGGUAUCGAAAAUUAGAUUUAUAUGAAAAAGCUAUUGGAUAUUUUGAAAAAGCAAAUUCAAUUAAUAAUCGAGUAUCAACUAUUUAUUAUGAAAUGGGUAUAUGUUAUCUUGAAUUAGGAAAUAUUUAUCAAGUAAAAAUAUGUUUUGAAAAAACUAUUGAAAUUGGUCAUGAACAUAUUCAUUGGAAAUGUCUCGAACAAAUUAUUUAUUUUUAUUUUAUUCUUGGAAAUUUUUCAAAAUGUCUUGAAUAUAUUCGUAUUGGAUAUGAUCGUGUUGCAGCAUAUCAAUCAAUAUAUGAUUUUGGUCAAUUAUGUUUAGUUUUACUCGAAAAAACUCAACCAUCAAUGAAAAUCUUAAUUGAAAAAAUGUUUAAAAAUGAAAUUGAAUAUAUAAUUUAUGAUGGAAAUCUUUCAAUGAAAAUUAAAGAUUUAGAAGGAAAUAUUAGAAAAUUUAAAGAGAAAUUAUUAAAAAAGAAACAUGUAAUCAUCGAUAAAAAGCCAUUAGAUGAACAAAUAGAAAUUGAAAAUUUUCAAGAUUUUGGUCAAUAUUUAUCAAAGAAAAUACGAGAAUAUCAUAAUGAUAAUUCGAAACUUUGUCAAAUAAUUGAUGUGAAAAACUAUUUACCAAAAGAAAAUAUCGUUACAGAACAGCCUGAACAAGAAGAACCAAUGCAACAAGAACCAAUUGUACCUGAAGAACAACCACCUCCACCAACGAAUAAUCGAAAAAAACGUUCUUUAUUACCAUUAAAUAUUGAUGAUUAUGAAAAACGACGAUCUGCAAGAAGUAUUACUCGUAAUAUAUCCGAUGAUAAUAAUAUUAGUACAGUAGAUAAAUUACGACGAAUAUUAUCCACUAGUGAUGAUGGUUCGGAUGAUGAAGCAGACGAAACAGUGACUUCACCGGAUAAUAUUGAUGAUGAAACCACUUCAGCAGUAAUAUCAGAUUUACCAAAAGAAAAUUUUCCAUUACUUCAAAUUGAAUAUAAACCAUUUAUUGAAUUAAUUGAACAGAAAAAUAAUAAUGGAUAUCAAUAUCAUUAUAUUGAUCUUAUAUGUGAUUACAUAAAUGAACUUACAAAACAUUCGUCUACACUUUGGUCAACUGAAAUGCGAAUGAUAUUUACCAAACUCUUCGAUUGUCUUAUCGAUCAUGUACAAUAUCCAAUGAAUGAUAUCGAAGAAAAUCAUUUACAAGCAUGUUUAUGUUACGUUGAAAAUGCUCUUGGAUCAUUAAAAUCUGAUUUAUCUGAAGAUUCAAUUGAACGAUUUAGUUAUUUUGCUCGUUUAAAAAUAAAAUAUAAAUCACUUGGUUAUUGUUUUGCACGUUUGCAAUUCUUUUUAUAUCGUUUUAAAAAUAGUUCUAUUCAACAAAAUCAAUAUGAAAUUGAUCAAAAAAUUUAUCGAAUUCUAUGGAUUUCAUCACUUUAUUAUUUUUUAUCCGAUGUUCAAAACGAUGCACUAGCUUGUAUUUAUCAAUUGCAACAUUUAUUACCAGAUGAAAUCACUCUUAUUUUACCAAAUUUAUUCAAUCAUACAACGAUUUCUAAAAGUACAAUUGAAACACUUUAUUUACGUUUAAAAAAUAAUAAUGAAAUAUCAUCUGAACAAACAUCAAAUUCUUCAUCUUCACAAGAAUUAACGUAUAUUUUAUCACGUAUUGCUGUUGCUGAUGAAAAAGAUGAAUUAGUAUUAUUAAUAAAAAAAUUGGAGAAAAAAAUCAAAUUAUUUUAUGCAAAUUUAUCAACACAAAUACAUUUACAACAAAAAUCUUUAAUUAAAUGUUAUGAAACACUUGUUAAUGUACUUAAAGAAAAUCAACAUUUAGAUGAAAAAGAAAAUAUUAAUGUUCGAAAAAUAUUUGAUCAAAUUUUUAUUCAAAUUAUUCAUAUGAUUAUUAAAAUUUUGGACGGAGAUUCUCAAUGGCGAGAUACAUCAUUAAAACUAAUUGAAAAAUUAACUUUAAGUUUAAUUGAUUCAAUAAUGAAACGAGAUUCAUCAGAAACUAUAUGGCAAUUUAAAUCUAUCAAUCCAUGGAUAUUACUUUAUCGUGUGACAAUGAAACGUGAUUCGAAAAAAAAUGAACAAUUUCUUCUAUCAUAUGUCAGAACAGUUCAUGAAUUAUUUGGAAAACAUGAAAAUUGUUUAAUUGAUAAUGGUAGUUUACUUGAAUAUUUUCUUAUUGAACUUAUUCAAAUUGAACAUCCUAAUAUUCGAAAAAUUUUAUUAUCUAAUGAAAUUAUUCAAAAUAAUUCAUCAGAUACUUCAAAUGAAUCCAGUGAACAAAAAAGUAAAUUAUCAAAAGUUAUUGAUGAAAUCGAACAAUGCAUUUACUGUUUAUAUGGUCUUGUAUUACGUAAAUCAAAAAUGAAAUAUUUAAAUGAUCAUAAUUGUCGAUCGCUUGAACUAACAUUAGAAAAAGCAAGUAUUGUAUUCUAUGCUUUACGACCAAAACAAUUACCUGGUUAUGAAGGUCGUGUUUGUACAAUAACAAAUGAAACCGAAAGUCUUUUUCAAAGAUUUGAAUCAAUGAUUGGAUGGGAUGAUGAACGUGAACAUCGACGAAAACUUCUUGUAACUUAUAUAUCUGAUGCAACAUCGAUUAAUAGUCAAGGAAAACAAAGCGAUGAACUUACACAUUUAUCUGAUAAACCAUUUAAAUCAAAUAAUGCUUUAUUUGAAAAAGAUUUAUAUUAUCUUUUUGCUGAUUAUCAUCUUAAAAUGGGUUCAAAAGAUACAACAACAAAUGAUUCAUCAAACAAAAAAGCACAAGAAUAUUAUACAAAAGAUUUAUGUAUGAAUACAAGACGAUUUGAUUCAUGGGCAGGUUUAACGGUUAUCGAAUUUGCUAAAAUAGAAGAAUUUAUUACAGCUGAUGAUUUUGAUCCGCGUAUCUUCAAUGUACAUAUGUCUGCUUCAUGUUAUUUUCGACAGGCUGUUUCUGUUGAUAGUAAUAAUCAUACAUUAUGGAUGGAAUAUGCUGAAAUUACUUAUAUUUUACAAUCAUAUUGUUCCAAAUAUAAAGAUAAAGCAACUGAUUAUGUUCCUGAUCGAUCAUUUUUGUUAAAUAUAUGUAAAGAAGCAUAUGAAAAAGCGAAUAUAUGUACAGAUAAUGAUGAUAAUAAAGAAGAUUGGACUUAUUUAUAUAUGAUGGCUAAAAUUGAAGAAAAAUUACAUCGAAAUAAAUUAUUUGAUUCAUUAAAAAAAUAUGCCUCUGCUCUUGAUCUUUUACAUGAAAAUAAAGCAGUUUAUCCUCGUAAACUUGGUCAUCAUACAUCAACAUCAAAUUCAAAGGGUACUUUACUUGGUUGUCAUAGUGUUGAAAUGUUUUAUCGAAUUCAUGCAUCAGCUCUUAAAUAUUUAAAUCGUCAUAAUAAAGAGUCAGUAGAUUUUACAAUGGAUAAACUUAAUGAACUUCAUGAAUUUUUAACGGAAAUGCAAACUAAACCAUUUGCAACUAGUUAUUAUGAAAAAUCAACUAUUCCACCAGAUUCUCAUUCUGCUCAAUUAAUCAAUGAUCUAUAUUUUCCUCAUAAAACAGAUCUUCUAACUGAUCCUUGGUUAAUUCUAUAUAAUAAAUGUAUAUGGCUAUGUAUUGAAGGUCUUUAUAUAUGUAUUGCUCGUUAUAAUCGACAUUACCGUGGACUUUAUCGUCUUGCACAUUUUUUUCAUACAAAUGAAUAUUAUCGAAAUGAUCGACUUAGUUUAGAAUUUUUACUUGGUGGAAAUGUACUUGAAUUAAGAAAUUAUCCAAAAAUUAUUGGACUUUAUCAAGAACGUUCAAAACAUAAUUUAUUUAAUGGCAUCUGGCGUAUUCAACCAUUAGAUGCUGAUCGUACUGGUUCAUUUAAUGCUGCAAUGUAUAAAUCAACUCGUUUAUUUAUUGAUCUUCUUGUUCAAUUUGAUGAACAUUUAUUAGUAUUAUUUGAAGUACUUCGGCAAUUAUUAGAUAAACCAGAUCUUGAUAAAAAAUAUGUUCGUGAAGUUGAAAGAAAAAUGUUAUGUCAACAUACAAUUAAAUAUUUUUUUCGAACUAUUAAAAAAAAGGUUCUACUUAAAACACGUGAUGAUAUCGAACGUGAAGGUAUGAAAAUAAUAUCAGAAAUUGACGAUAAAGAUACAACGAAUGUUUCCUUACCAAUUCUAUUUGAAAUAUCUAUUAAAUUAUAUAAUUUAAUUAAAAAUUAUCCGAAUCUUUAUCAAAAUUCGCGUAUUGAUGAAUUAGUGGAAUUGACAUUUCAACGUUAUCGACCAAUUCUUAAAUUUUCAAAUCAUCUACCAGAAAAACCCAAAGCAGAAAACUUAACUUUGAUAUAUACACCAAAAAAACAAAAACAAAAGAAACGUCCAACAACCAAUGAGCAACCACCUGCAAAUAAACGUCAAUGUGUUGAACCAUCACCAUCAUCAUCUUCUCAAGAUUUUCUAGGACUUGCUUCAUUUAUUUCUAAUGAUUCUGUCAUAAUUAAUGAAUAA